AUGGCGGAUAAGCAACAAAAACGAAAAGAAUAUAUGAGUACCUAUCGUGAAAGAAAUUCUAAAAAAAUUAAAGCUCAAAACAGAUUACAUUAUGCAGAAAAUCGUGAAACAAUUUUGGAACAAAGACGCAGAAAUCAUGCUGAAAAUCGAGAAGCUAUUAAUGGUCGAAUCUAUAACAGAUGUCAAAGAACUUCAGAAAGGCAUUUUAAAUCGGCAAAAUUUGGGUCUCCGAAUUUUCUUUAUCCAAUUGCUCAUGAUCUUGGGCCUUUGAAUAUUGAAUGCGAGCACUGUAAAGCGGUUCAUUUUAAAGAUGAAUUGAAAAGUAUGUGCAGUCACAAUGGUAAAUUAUCUCAUCUUUCGAUUCAGAAUGGACCUGAAAAUUUUCCCAUUGCAUUAAAAAAUCUUUUUAUAGGAACUGAUGCAAAAAGUCAAAACUUCCAUGAGUUUAUUCGACGGUAUAAUAACGCAAACGCUUUCGCAUCGAUGGGCGCGAAUGUUGUAGACAUUUCUGGAAAUGGACCAUAUUUUUUUAAAAUAUCUGGUGAAGUGUACCACCGUACUUCAGAAAAUAUCAAAACCGAUACUACUCUAGAUCCAAUUUCAGUUCACAAGCUUAAUAAUCAAUCGUCGUAUAUUGAAUUAUAUGUUUACGAUACAGACACUUCUAUUGAGAUUCGAAUGGCAAAUCCAGCGAAUGCCUAA